UUCACACUGGCUCAUUCAGUUCCUUUGCGGUCCUCUUCUCCAGCAUAUGCCAACGCAGUGCUCUACAGCCUGUGUGUGGUACCAGGGCAUCUUGGGUGUGAGACAAUGGAAGAACUGGAUGCCUUGUUGGAGGAACUGGAACACUCUACCUUCCAGGAAAGUGAUGACUACUCCAAGGCAGCUUCUCCCGCCUUGGAUCAGCAUUCCAGAAAGGAGAGUAACCUUGCUGAGACUUCAAAGGUCCCUUCCAUUCCUGAUGACACGAAUCCCUUUCCGGUGCAGCUUGUGUAUACUACCAAGAUCCAGGAACCCAAUGUCUACAGUGAGAUUCAGGAGCCGAAGGCAUCGGAACCAGCUUCUAAAACCUCAGCCGCCGCACAGCUGGACGAGCUGAUGGCCCGUCUGUGUGAAAUGCAGCAUCAGGUUACAGUGAAAGCAGAUGCCAGCAAGAAACCCGCAUCCGACAAGCAGGAUCACCAGGCCUCCCUGGACUCCAUGCUGGGGGGCUUGGAGCAGGACUUGCAGAACCUGGGAAUUGCCACAGUGCUCAAGGGCCACUGUGCCUCCUGCCAGAAACCGAUCGCUGGAAAGGUGAUCCACGCGCUGGGGCAGGCCUGGCAUCCCGAGCACUUCGUCUGCGCCCACUGCAAGGGGGAGAUCGGCUCCAGCCCCUUCUUCGAGCGGAGCGGCCUGGCCUACUGCGCCGAGGACUACCACCGCCUCUUCUCUCCGCGCUGCGCCUACUGCGCCGCCCCCAUCCUGGACAAAGUGCUGACGGCCAUGAACCAAACCUGGCACCCGGAGCACUUCUUCUGCGCUCACUGUGGAGAGGUGUUCGGUGAAGAAGGCUUUCACGAGAAGGACAAGAAGCCGUACUGCCGGAAGGACUUCCUGGGCAUGUUCGCACCCCGGUGUGGCGGCUGCAACCGGCCAGUGCUGGAAAACUACCUUUCGGCCAUGGGCACCGUCUGGCAUCCAGAGUGCUUCGUGUGCAGGGUGGGCACACUCCCUUAUCUUCUGCGCUUCGGGAGAGGCAGGGCUCUCCUUUCUGGGGUGCAGCUGGACUGCUUUAGCGGUUUCUCUACGGGCUCCUUCUUCGAACUGGACGGGCGCCCCUUCUGUGAGCUGCACUACCAUCGGCGCCGGGGAACCCUCUGCCACGGGUGCGGACAGCCCAUCACGGGCCGCUGCAUCAGCGCCAUGGGCUACAGGUUCCACCCCGAGCACUUCACGUGCGCCUUCUGCCUGACGCAGCUGUCCAAGGGGGUCUUCAAGGAGCAGAACGACAAGACCUACUGUCACCCCUGCUUCAACAAGCUCUUCCCGGUGUGAUCUCAGCUGAGCCCACACGCGCCCUCUUCCGAUCUGCGCGGAAAUUUAAGCCAAGAGAGGCAAGCGUACAUUUCUAGUUCCUGACCUUCUUCUGCUCAGUAGGCUUAGAGAGAAAGCCAAGGUGAUGGACAAGGAAGGGAGCGUCUAGAGGUGACGUGACUAGGCUUCCGGCUUAAAGUUUUGAUCUCAAGCCUUCUUUUUGUUUUAACAAUGCGGUUGAAUUUUGAUCUGGGGCCUGCUGUCCAGUGCCUGUGCGGGUGUAUUUUCACAUGCACGCAUUUGUUCCACUCCUGCCCUCCUCAGCUUUCUCCACUUUCACCUCUAUUGAUGGUCCCGCAGAUCGAUCUUCUCUGCUUGGCCUUAGGAACUGGGUCUUUUGAGCUGCCCCCAUUUCCCUGUGGCCGACUUUCCCACGGUCACUGCUGCGGGCUUUGUCCCUGCUUUUUUUUAAUAGAAGGAUGAUUGCUUUACACCGUUGUGGUGGUCACAGCUGUAGGGCUUUAUUCUUGCUGUUGGGCAUCACGGUGUCACUCUUGUUCCUUGUCUUUCCCCUCAGUGUAUUUCUCCUUUUCAAGAGAAAGUAGAUUUUAACUGGAAAACUUUGAAUCCUGACAUCACUGAUAAAUAAAGGAACCUGUGGUUUUAAUGACUCAGUGUCAUAUUAGUUUGAUAAAUUUUCUGCUUCCCAUGUUAUAUACUAGACACAAUGUGCAAUUAAGUUUGUAUCAUACCCCUUGUUUACUUCCAUACAAUGGCCCCUUUCCUUUAAAUCAGAAGAAAUGAAAAGGAGGGACUCCUAGUCAUUGACUUUUAAUUUAAGCCUGUAGCUUUCACUUUAUUUUUUUGCACUUAAGUGAUUGAUUAAAAGAUGGCAAAGCUUCUUAAAUUUUUUUAUUGCUUUGUUUACCUUUGGAGGAAAACAGUUUCCACUGGGCGGUUGUGAAUUCAUAUUUGCAUGUGCAUGCAUAUCUCCAAACUCAUAAAGCUGUAUGUAUUCGUUCAAUUUUCUUGUAUAUCAACUAUAUCUCAAUAAAGCUAUUUUAAAAAGUGAAA